CUUAGUAAUGGAUGGUAGGGAGACUUUAUUUUUACAUCAUUUUAUGUUUUUCUUUCCCUUUCCUUUCUUGAGUUGUAAAAAGAAAUUGAGGUCUAUUAGAAAAAUUCCCCAACCGUAGCAAAUUAACAUAUAUCUUUUCCAGGACCGCCUACUACGGCGGUGAUACACCUUCCACCUCGCCGGAAGGAAGGUAUCUCUCCGCGACCGUCAAUAGCUGCCAAGCACGAGCCACCACAGUCCGAUCACCGAAAUCGAGAUUUCACAUGGACCAACUUAACAAGUAACUCUAGAGUAACGAAAGAAUGAGUAAAAGACCACCGCCUGAUCCCGUGGCAGUUCUUCGAGGCCACCGCGCUUCAGUCACCGACAUUUCUUUUCAUCCCUAUAAGCCUAUAUUAUUCUCCGGUUCUGCUGACGGUGAACUGCGAAUUUGGGACACUUUUCGGCGCCAAACAGUUUCAUCAGCAUGGUUACACAGUGCCGCGCAUGGGAUUGUCGCUGUUGCCAGUAGUUCUUCACUUGGAACCAAUAAAUUUGUCAGCCAGGGAAGGGAUGGAACUGUGAAAGUUUGGGAUUUUGAUGAUGCUGGAUUGUCUAGGAUUCCAUCGGUUACGAUCAAGACAAACAGUUACCACUUUUGUAAGUUUUCCCUGGUUAAGAAUCGUUGUACUUGGUUAAAAGAAGGGGAAGCAUCAAAAGACUUCCUUGAAACAGAAGAGGCUCAUACUAAUCAAAGUUGUUCUGAAAGCUCUGAAGGGCUAUCGUAUGUGGCUUUGUCAGGGGAGAACUCUUCUGAGGUUGAAAUUUGGGAUCUCAAGUCAGCUGAGAGAUUUGCGCGACUCCCUUCAAAUAUUGGUAGUAACUCUUCGAGUGUUAGCAACAAAGGGAUGUGCAUGGCACUUCAAUUGUUUGUACCAUCUGAAUCACAAGGAUUUUUAAAUGUCAUAGCUGGAUAUGAAGAUGGUUCAAUGCUUUGGUGGGAUGUACGGAAUCCUGGAGCUCCAAUAAGUUCUGUGAAGUUCCAUUCUGAGCCAGUUCUGAGCAUCUGUAUUGACGGGUCUUGCAAAGGGGGUAUCUCGGGAGCUGCAGAUGAGAGGAUUGUGAUGUAUAGCUUGGAUCAUUCUUCGGGUACAUGUGUGGUCAAUAAAGAAGUCAAAUUGGAGCGACCUGGCAUCUCAGGCACUUCAAUUCGGCCUGAUAGCAAAAUUGCUGCAACAGCUGGCUGGGACCACAGAUUAAGGAUAUAUAAUUACCACAAAGGAAAUGCUUUAGCUGUACUCAAGUAUCAUCAUGCCACGUGCAAUGCUGUAACUUUUUCGUUUGAUUGUAAGCUUAUGGCCUCUGCAUCGGCCGACACAACGGUGGCGCUAUGGGAAUUGUAUCCUCCUCGAACAUAAAAUCGAUUUGAUGUAUUUAGGUUUUGUUUGGAAGAACUUAUUUACAACUUAUUCGAAAUUUUCUUAUAUGAUUAAAUACUUAUACAAGUAAGUCUGUGAGAGAGUUUAUGAAAGUAAAUUUUGAAUUAUUUAGAUAAAUUAUUUUUAACUUAA